AAAGAAUCUAGCGUAGUAGCCGACACACAAUCUUGGCCAUCGUGUCUAUCCUGUUCAUCGUGCUCUCCACCAUCGCUCUGUCUCUCAACACUCUACCGGAGCUGCAGGCAGUGGAUGAAUUUGGACAACCCAACGACAACCCCCAGUUAGCACAUGUGGAGGCUGUGUGUAUUGCUUGGUUUACCAUGGAGUACCUUUUACGCUUCCUGUCCUCACCAAAUAAGUGGAAGUUCUUUAAAGGCCCACUAAAUGUCAUCGAUUUGCUGGCCAUCUUGCCAUAUUAUGUCACCAUCUUCCUCACGGAGUCCAACAAGAGCGUGCUGCAGUUCCAGAACGUGAGGCGCGUGGUUCAGAUCUUCCGCAUCAUGCGCAUCCUCAGGAUCCUGAAGCUCGCCAGACAUUCCACAGGCCUGCAGUCCCUGGGGUUCACCCUCAGACGGAGUUACAACGAAUUGGGCUUACUGAUCUUAUUUCUGGCCAUGGGGAUAAUGAUAUUUUCCAGCCUGGUAUUUUUUGCUGAGAAGGAUGAAGAUGCCACCAAGUUCACCAGUAUCCCAGCGUCGUUCUGGUGGGCCACCAUCACCAUGACCACUGUGGGCUAUGGUGACAUUUACCCGAAAACAUUAUUAGGGAAAAUCGUGGGAGGCCUCUGCUGCAUUGCCGGGGUCCUGGUUAUCGCCCUUCCCAUCCCAAUCAUCGUGAAUAAUUUCUCUGAGUUUUACAAGGAGCAGAAACGCCAGGAGAAGGCAAUCAAAAGGAGAGAGGCCCUUGAGCGGGCCAAGAGGAACGGAAGCAUUGUUUCUAUGAACUUAAAAGAUGCCUUUGCCCGAAGCAUGGAACUGAUAGACGUGGCCGUGGAGAAGGCAGGAGAGUCAGCCAGUACCAAGGACUCGGCUGACGAUAAUCACCUGUCCCCGAGCCGGUGGAAGUGGGCCAGGAAAGCUCUGUCGGAAACAAGCUCCAACAAAUCUUUCGAGAAUAAGUACCAGGAGGUUAGCCAAAAAGACUCCCACGAGCAGCUGAACAACACUUCUUCUUCCAGCCCGCAGCACCUGAGCGCGCAGAAACUGGAGAUGCUGUACAACGAGAUCACCAAGACACAGCCUCACGCUCAGCCGAACCCGGCCUGCCAGGAGCAGCCCGAGAGGCCGUCAGUGUACGAGGAGGAGAUAGAAAUGGAAGAAGUGGUCUGCCCGCAGGAGCAGUUGGCUGUGGCGCAGACCGAGGGCGUCGUGGACAUGAAGAGCACGUCCAGCAUAGACAGCUUCACCAGCUGCGCCACCGACUUCACCGAGACCGAGCGGUCGCCCCUGCCGCCGCUGUCCGCCUCCCACUUGCAGAUGAAGUUCCCACCUGACCUCACGGCGACCGAAGAGCGCCAAAGAGCCAGGGGGCCCCCGUUUCUAACACUAAGCAGAGAGAAGGGGCCGGGGGCCGGGGAUGCCAUCCUGGAAUAUGCUCCGGUCGACGUAACUGUGAGCCUCGAUAACAGCGCUUGCCAAAGUGGGCUCCACGGCCCUUUGCCGUCGGACGGUACCUCCGAGAGCCCUAAGAGUUCGCUGAAAGGCAGCAACCCCCUAAAAUCCAGAUCGCUCAAAGUGAACUUUAAGGAAAACAGAGGCAGUGCCCCACAGACCCCGCCCAGCACAGCCAGGCCACUGCCGGUCACGACAGCGGACUUUUCACUCACCGCCCCGCAGCUCAUCAGCACCAUCCUCCUCGAGGAAACCCCCUCCCAGGGAGACAGAGCCUUGCUGGGCACCGAGGUUUCCGCACACUGUCAGGGACCUUCCAAAGGGCUGACCCCUCGGUUUCCCAAGCAGAAACUCUUUCCUUUCUCGACAAGAGAGAGGAGGAGCUUCACGGAAAUAGACACUGGCGACGACGAUGACUUCUUAGAGCUGCAGGGGCCCAGGCAGGACAAGCAGGCCGACUCCAGCCCAAACUGCUUUGCAGAUAAGCCUAGUGAUGGAAGAGACCCUUUGAGAGAGGAGGCCUGUGUGGGCUCUUCCUCCCCCCAGGACCCAAGUCACAACUGUAGGCAAGACAUUUACCAUGCUGUGGCGGAAGUAAAAAAGGACAAUAGUCAAGAAGGGUGCAAGAUGGAAAACCACUUGUUUGCCCCAGAAAUUCAUUCCAACCCAGGAGACACAGGUUAUUGUCCCACACGUGAAACCAGCAUGUGACUAGUUACAAAAGCAAUAAUAAAUAAUAAUAAUAAAAACUUGUUUCUUAAAAAUGCGGUAAUAAUGCCUGUGAACUAAAAACAUGGGAAGCCCCCCCCCCACAAAAAAAGUGCAUAAAAUGUUAUUUUUGCAUGGCAUGAACAGUUUAGUUUAAGUACUGUUUAAAUAAAGAGUCAAGACUGCAUUUUGUAACAAACAAAAAUGACUAAGGAACAGUGAACAAAUAAAGAGAGCUCUAUUAGGAACCAGUA